AUGAAUGAAAAAAUGGAGAAGAGAAAUCUAUAUGUUUAUGCUAAAAAGUUUAAUUUAGAUUAUCCAGAGACAUUUGAUGAAUUAAAUUUUCGCAUUUUAAAUAAUCCAUUAUUUAAUUUAAUGAAAAAAAAAAAUUUCCUUAUUGAUAUAUGUGAUUUAGAAAAAGAAAAAAAAAAAUAUAUGCUUGAAGAAGAAGAAAAUAUAAAAGAUAAAGAUAAAAUAAAUAUAUUAAACACAUAUUAUAGUGAAAAUGAACGUCUAUUAUAUUCUCUAUUAGCAUCAUUAAUAGAAAAUAAGAUAUAUUCAUUUGAAGGAUAUAUAGUUUCAUCCUUUGUAAUAAAAUUAAAUUCUUCUUAUUAUAGUGCAUGGAUUUACAGAAGAAAAUGUUUAAAAAAACUUAAUAUAAACCUUUUAAAUGAGUUAAAAUUUACAAAAUUUAUAAUUAACGAUAAUAUUAAAAGUUUUCAGAGUUGGUUUCAUAGAAGAUGGCUAGUAGAAUAUAUAUAUAAACUCAAUGAAAAAGAUAAAAAAAAAAAUGAAAAAAGAAAAGAAAAAAGAAAAAAUAAUUAUAAAGAUGAAUCAAAUUCCAAGAUACACAUUAAUUAUGAUUUUUUUGAUGACGAUUAUAAUUUUAUUAGUGAUAAUGAAAGUAAUAGUUUGGAAGAGGAUGAAUAUGAUAAUGAUUUCAAUGAAGGAUUCAUUAGUAAUUGUGAUGAAAAAGAUUUUAAAAUAAAGAAGGAUAAUAUUAAUUUAUAUGAUGAUUUACAAAAUAUAAUAGACAAUUGUAAUUUUUUUAAAAAUGCAUUAAAACCAAAUGAAAUAAUUAAUAUAAAUGAGUUUUUACGUGAAGAAAUACUUUAUAAUAAUUGUGAUAUAUUUAUAGAUGCAAAAAAUUAUAAUUCUUGGGCUCAUAAAACUUGGUUAGUUGAAAAAUUUUCUAUUUUUAAAAAUAAAUAUCUUUGUGAAAAAUAUCAAAUAUUGCUACACGAAAUUAAUUUUAUUAACUAUUUUUUAAAAAACGAUAUAUAUAAUAAUUCUGUAUGGGUAUAUAGGUAUUUUAUAUUUAAUAAAUUAAAUUAUAUGAACAAUAUAAUUAAAUUGGAAAAAGAAAUUGUUUUAUGCUUAACUUAUUCUAAACAAUUUUAUGAUAAUGAGUCUCUUUUUAACUAUUUUAUUAAUAUAGUAUUUAAAUAUAUAGAAUUAUAUAAAAAAGAAGAAAAACAAAAUACAAACGACAUUUUUGAUAUAAAUAUUAUCCAACGUAUUAAAAAUGAAUUAACAAAUUUACAAACAAAAUCAAAAUUUGUUUUGCUUUUUUUAUCUCAACUAUAUUCAUAUAACAAAUGCUAUAAUGAAGUAAUAAAGUGCUACAGGUAUCUUGAAUAUAAUGAUGAUUUCAAUGAUCAAGUGUGGAAGUAUAAAAUUGAAGAUAUAGAAAAAAAAAAUUAA